ACUCUUGUCGGUGGUGUGCUCGGGGCUAAUUCUGUGGUUUGCUACUCGCCAUUGGAGGUGGGCAUGAAGCCAAGGCCCAGGAAAGUGGUCGAGUGGCUUCACAGGGGGCGGAGAUUGGCGGCGAUUUAGGGCGACCAGGGUGCCCCGAGGAAUCCGUGGAGUAGCUAGCUCACUCCGGGGAAAUGGAACACGGCGUCCACACAGUUCUUCACUGCGGCAGGGAGGGCGACGUGUGCUCGCAGGGGACCACGGUGCCCGCAGGCCAGCGCUCCCUGCCUUGACUUCCCCAUCCCAGGGGGCGGGGCCGCAGUCGUGGCGAGCGAAGAAAGUGCGCGAAGGGGACGCGCUGCGAGCGCACACGUGACGGCGCGGCGCCCAGCGAGCGGGACCCGGCGGCGGCAGCUGUGGUGGUGGCAGCGGUGGCGGGCGCAGUGGAGCGGCCCGGGCGGCUUGGAGCCCCGGGAGCGGCGCGCGCGGCCCCGGCUCUGGCCCGGCGCUGUCCCGGCGCGCGCUGCACAUUCUCUCCUGGCGGCGGCGCCACCUGCGGGAGCGUUCGCCUGAACAUGGCGACACGGAGCAGCAGGAGGGAGUCGCGACUCCCUUUCCUAUUCGCCCUGGUCGUGCUGCUGCCCCCCGGGGCUCUCGGCGGGGGCUGGACGCAGAGAUUGUACGGUGGCCGCGCACCCUUGCCCCAGGACCGAGGAUUCUUCGUGGUGCAGGGCGACCCGCGCGAACUGAGGUUGGGGACUUACGGGGAUGCCCGGGGGGCGAGCCCGGCGGCCGGGAAGCCACUCAGGACGCGGCGGAGCGCCGCUCUGCAGCCCCAGCCCAUCCAGGUGUACGGACAGGUCAGUCUGAAUGACUCCCACAAUCAGAUGGUGGUGCACUGGGCUGGAGAGAAAAGCAACGUGAUCGUGGCAUUAGCCCGAGACAGCCUGGCAUUGGCGAGGCCUAAGAGCAGUGAUGUAUACGUGUCUUAUGACUACGGAAAAUCAUUCAACAGGAUUUCAGGGAAGCUGAACUUUGGAGUGGGAAACAGCAGUGAAGCAGUGAUCUCUCAGUUCUACCACAGCCCUGCUGAUAACAAGCGGUACAUCUUUGUAGAUGCUUAUGCCCAGUACCUGUGGAUCACCUUUGACUUCUGCAGCACUAUCCAUGGCUUCUCCAUCCCAUUCCGGGCUGCUGACCUCCUCCUCCACAGCAAAGCCUCCAACCUCCUCUUGGGCUUUGACAGAUCUCACCCCAACAAGCAGCUAUGGAAGUCAGAUGAUUUUGGCCAGACCUGGAUCAUGAUUCAGGAGCAUGUGAAGUCCUUUUCUUGGGGAAUCGACCCCUAUGACCAGCCAAACACUAUCUACAUUGAGCGGCAUGAACCCUUUGGGUUCUCCACAGUGCUCCGCAGCACAGACUUCUUCCAGUCCCGGGAAAACCAGGAAGUGGUCCUGGAGGAAGUGAGGGACUUCCAGCUUCGGGACAAGUACAUGUUUGCAACAAAGGUGGUGCAUCUUCCGGGCAGCCAGCAGCAGUCAUCUGUCCAGCUCUGGGUCUCCUUUGGCCGGAAGCCUAUGAGAGCAGCCCAGUUUGUCACAAAGCAUCCUAUUAAUGAAUAUUACAUCGCCGACGCCUCAGAGGACCAGGUGUUCGUGUGCGUGAGCCACAGCAACAACAGGACUAACCUGUACAUCUCAGAGGCAGAGGGGCUGAAGUUCUCCUUGUCCCUGGAGAACGUGCUGUAUUACAGCCCAGGAGGGGUUGGCAGUGACACUCUGGUGAGGUAUUUUGCAAAUGAGCCAUUUGCUGACUUUCACCGUGUGGAAGGCUUACAAGGAGUCUACAUCGCCACUCUGAUUAAUGGUUCUAUGAAUGAGGAGAACAUGAGGUCGGUCAUCACCUUUGACAAAGGGGGAACCUGGGAAUUUCUUCAGGCCCCGGCCUUCACAGGAUAUGGAGAGAAAAUCAAUUGUGAGCUUUCCCAGGGCUGUUCCCUCCACCUGGCCCAGCGUCUCAGUCAGCUGCUCAACCUCCAACUCCGGAGGAUGCCUAUCCUGUCCAAGGAGUCAGCCCCCGGCCUCAUCAUUGCCACUGGCUCAGUGGGAAAGAACUUGGCCAGCAAGACCAAUGUGUACAUCUCUAGCAGUGCCGGAGCCAGGUGGAGAGAGGCCCUUCCUGGACCUCAUUACUAUACGUGGGGGGACCAUGGAGGCAUAAUCAUGGCUAUUGCUCAGGGCAUGGAGACCAACGAACUGAAGUAUAGCACGAAUGAAGGGGAGACCUGGAAGACGUUCGUCUUCUCCGAGAAGCCUGUGUUUGUGUAUGGACUUCUCACAGAACCUGGCGAGAAGAGUACCGUUUUCACCAUCUUUGGCUCUAAUAAGGAGAAUGUCCACAGCUGGCUCAUCCUGCAGGUCAAUGCCACUGAUGCCUUGGGGGUUCCCUGCACGGAAAAUGACUACAAGCUGUGGUCCCCGUCUGAUGAGCGCGGAAACGAGUGUUUGCUAGGACACAAGACAGUCUUCAAAAGGAGGACUCCCCACGCAACGUGCUUUAACGGGGAAGACUUUGACCGGCCAGUGGUCGUGUCCAACUGCUCCUGCACCCGGGAGGACUAUGAAUGUGACUUUGGCUUCAAGCUCAGUGAAGAUCUCUCCUUAGAGGUUUGUGUUCCAGACCCCGAGUUUUCUGGGAAGCCCUACAGUCCUCCUAUGCCUUGUCCGGUGGGUUCUACAUACAGGAGAACGAGAGGCUAUCGGAAGAUUUCUGGGGACACUUGCAGUGGAGGAGAUGUGGAAGCGCGGCUGGAAGGGGAGCUGGUCCCUUGUCCCCUGGCAGAAGAGAAUGAGUUCAUCCUUUAUGCUGUGCGGAAGUCCAUCUACCGUUAUGACCUGGCCUCGGGAGCCACGGAGCAGCUACCUCUCUCAGGGUUGAGGGCGGCUGUGGCCUUGGACUUUGACUAUGAACACAACUGCUUGUAUUGGUCAGACCUUGCACUGGACACCAUCCAGCGUCUCUGUUUGAAUGGGAGCACUGGGCAAGAGGUGAUCAUCAGUUCUGGCCUGGAGACUGUGGAGGCUUUGGCCUUUGAACCCCUCAGCCAAUUACUGUACUGGGUGGAUGCUGGCUUUAAAAAGAUCGAGGUAGCUAAUCCAGAUGGCGACUUCCGACUGACGAUCAUCAAUUCUUCCGUGCUUGACCGGCCCAGAGCUCUGGUCCUUGUACCCCAAGAGGGGGUGAUGUUCUGGACUGACUGGGGAGACCUGAAGCCUGGAAUUUACCGGAGCAACAUGGACGGCUCUGCUGCUUAUCGUCUUGUGUCGGAGGAUGUGAAGUGGCCCAACGGCAUCGCUGUGGACAGCCAGUGGAUCUACUGGACAGAUGCAUAUCUGGACUGCAUUGAGCGCAUCACUUUCAGUGGCCAGCAGCGUUCGGUCAUCCUGGACAAUCUCCCACACCCUUAUGCCAUUGCUGUCUUCAAGAACGAAAUCUACUGGGAUGACUGGUCACAGCUGAGCAUCUUCAGAGCUUCCAAAAACAGUGGAGCACGGAUGGAGAUUCUAGCAAACCAGCUCACAGGCCUGAUGGACAUGAAGAUUUUCUACAAAGGAAAGAACGCUGGAAGCAAUGCCUGUGUACCUCAGCCCUGCAGCCUGCUAUGUCUCCCUAAGGCCAACAACAGCAGAAGCUGCAGGUGUCCAGAAGGUGUGACCAGCAGUGUCCUCCCCUCUGGGGACCUGAUGUGUGACUGCCCUCAGGGCUACCAGAAGAACAACAACACGUGUGUCAAAGAAGAGAACACCUGUCUUCGCAACCAGUAUCGCUGCAGCAACGGCAACUGUAUCAACAGCAUCUGGUGGUGUGAUUUCGACAAUGACUGCGGAGAUAUGAGUGACGAGAGAAAUUGUCCAACCACGGUUUGUGAUGCAGACACUCAGUUCCGGUGCCAGGAGUCUGGGACCUGUAUUCCGCUCUCCUAUAAGUGCGACCUUGAAGAUGACUGUGGGGACAACAGUGAUGAGAGCCACUGUGAGAUGCAUCAGUGCCGCAGCGACGAGUUCAACUGCAGCUCUGGGAUGUGCAUCCGCUCCUCCUGGGUUUGCGAUGGAGACAACGACUGCAGGGACUGGUCUGACGAAGCCAACUGUACCGCGAUCUAUCAUACGUGUGAGGCCUCCAACUUCCAGUGCCACAAUGGCCACUGCAUCCCCCAGCGGUGGGCAUGUGAUGGUGACGCAGAUUGCCAGGAUGGUUCUGAUGAGGAUCCUGUCAGCUGCGAGAAAAAGUGCAAUGGAUUCCACUGCCCAAACGGCACUUGCAUCCCGUCCAGCAAGCAUUGUGACGGCCUGCGGGACUGCCUGGAUGGCUCUGACGAGCAGCACUGCGAGCCCUUCUGCACGCGCUUCAUGGACUUCGUGUGCAAGAACCGCCAGCAGUGUCUCUUCCACUCCAUGGUGUGUGAUGGGAUCGUCCAGUGCCGUGAUGGCUCCGACGAGGACCCCACUUUCGCCGGAUGCUCUCAAGACCCCGAGUUCCACAAGGAGUGCGACGAGUUCGGCUUCCAGUGUCAGAAUGGGGUGUGCAUCAGCCUGAUUUGGAAGUGUGAUGGGAUGGACGAUUGUGGCGAUUACUCGGACGAAGCCAACUGUGAAAACCCCACGGAAGCCCCAAACUGCUCCCGCUACUUUCAGUUUCACUGUGAGAAUGGGCACUGCAUCCCCAACAGGUGGAAAUGUGACAGAGAGAAUGACUGCGGGGAUUGGUCUGAUGAGAAGGAUUGUGGAGAGUCUCAUGUUCUCCCCUCCCCCACCGCUGGACCCUCCACGUGUCUGCCCAAUUACUUCCGCUGCACCAGCGGAGCCUGUGUGAUGGACACCUGGGUAUGUGACGGCUACCGGGACUGUGCUGAUGGCUCAGACGAGGAAGGCUGCCCCUCUCUAGCAAACACAACUGCUGCCUCCACUCCCACCCAGCGUGGACGAUGUGACAGGUUUGAGUUCGAGUGUCACCAACCAAAGAAAUGUAUCCCCAACUGGAAGCGCUGUGACGGCCACCAGGAUUGCCAGGAUGGCCAGGAUGAAGCCAACUGCCCCACCCACAGCACCUUGACCUGUAUGAGUAGGGAGUUCAAGUGUGAUGAUGGAGAGGCCUGCAUUGUGCUCUCUGAGCGCUGCGAUGGCUUCCUGGACUGCUCAGAUGAGAGCGACGAGAAGGGCUGCAGUGAUGAGUUAACUGUAUACAAAGUACAGAAUCUCCAGUGGACAGCUGACUUCUCCGGGGAUGUGACUUUGACCUGGAUGCGACCCAAAAAAAUGCCCUCGGCUUCUUGCGUGUACAAUGUCUACUACAGGGUGGUUGGAGAGAGCAUAUGGAAGACCCUGGAAACUCACAGCAAUAAAACAAGCACGGUACUCAAAGUCUUGAAGCCCGAUACCACGUAUCAUGUUAAAGUCCAGGUUCACUGCCUCAGCAAGGUGCACAACACCAAUGACUUUGUGACCCUGAGGACACCAGAGGGCUUGCCAGACGCUCCUCAGAACCUCCAGCUGUCACUCAACAAUGAAGAGGAAGGUGUGAUCAUUGGGCAUUGGGCUCCUCCCAUCCAUACCCAUGGCCUCAUCCGUGAGUACAUUGUGGAAUACAGCAGGAGUGGUUCCAAGAUGUGGGCUUCCCAGAGAGCCGCUAGCAACUCUACAGAAAUAAAGAACUUACUGCUCAAUGCCCUCUAUACCAUCAGAGUGGCAGCAGUGACAAGUCGUGGGAUAGGAAACUGGAGUGAUUCUAAAUCCAUCACCACCACAAAAGGCAAAGUGAUCCAAGCCCCGAAUAUCCGCAUUGACAGCUACGAUGAAAAUUCUCUGAGCUUUACCCUAACCAUGAACGGUGACAUCAAGGUCAAUGGCUAUGUGGUGAACCUUUUCUGGUCAUUUGAUGCCCACAAACAAGAGAAGAAAACCUUGAAUUUCCAAGGAAGCUCAUUGUCACACAAAGUUAGCAAUCUGACAGCUCACACGUCCUAUGAGAUUUCCGCCUGGGCCAAGACAGACUUGGGGGAUAGUCCUCUGGCGUUUGAGCAUGUCUUGACCAGAGGCAUCCGUCCACCUGCUCCGAGUCUCAAAGCCAAGGCCAUCAACCAGACUGCUGUAGAGUGUGUGUGGACCGGCCCCAAGAAUGUGGUUUAUGGCAUUUUCUAUGCCACGUCCUUCCUUGACCUCUACCGAAACCCCAAGAGCUUAACCACUCCACUCCACAAUAAGACAGUCAUUGUCAACAAGGAUGAGCAGUAUUUGUUUCUGGUCCGGGUGUUGAUCCCUUACCAAGGGCCAUCUUCUGACUACGUCGUCGUGAAGAUGAUCCCAGACAGCAGGCUUCCACCUCGUCACCUGCAUGCAGUCCAAGUAGGCAAGACCUCAGCCAUCAUCAAGUGGGAAUCGCCCUACGACUCUCCGGACCAGGACUUGUUCUACGCAAUUGCCGUGAAAGAUCUUAUCAGGAAGACCGACAGGAGCUACAAAGUCAAGUCUCGCAACAGUACUGUGGAGUACAGCCUUAACAAGCUGGAACCUGGUGGAAAAUACCAUAUUGUUGUCCAGCUGGGGAACAUGAGCAAGGAUUCCAGCAUAAAAAUCACCACAGUUUCACUGUCAGCACCUGACGCCUUAAAAAUCAUAACAGAAAAUGACCACGUUCUUCUCUUUUGGAAAAGCCUAGCUUUGAAGGAAAAGCAGUUCAGUGAAACCCGGGGCUAUGAGAUACACAUGUUUGACAGUGCUCUGAAUCUCACGGCUUACCUCGGGAAUACUACUGACAAUUUCUUUAAAGUGUCCAACCUGAAGAUGGGUCAUAAUUACACCUUCACGGUCCAAGCACGCUGUCUCUUUGGCAGCCAGAUCUGUGGAGAGCCUGCCGUGCUGUUGUAUGACGAACUGAGCGCAGGUGGAGAUACAGCGGCAGUCCAGGCUGCCAGGUCUACGGAUGUCGCCGCUGUAGUGGUUCCUAUCUUGUUCCUGAUCCUGCUGAGCCUGGGUGUCGGCUUUGCCAUCCUCUACACAAAGCACCGCCGCCUACAGAGCAGCUUUACCGCUUUUGCCAACAGUCACUACAGCUCCAGGCUGGGCUCGGCCAUCUUCUCCUCUGGGGAUGACCUGGGAGAGGACGAUGAAGACGCUCCUAUGAUAACUGGAUUCUCAGACGAUGUCCCCAUGGUGAUAGCGUGAAGGAGCUUUUCUCAUUAGAAACCAAAUGGUGUAAAUAUUUUAUUUGAUAAAGAUAGUUGAUGGUUUAUUUUAAAAGAUGCACUUUGAGUUGCAAUAUGUUAUUUUUAUAUGGGCCAAAACCACCACCACCACAACAACAACAAAAAACAAAACAACAACAAAAAAAAAAAGGAGAGAAAGGAAUGGAUAAACUUUGUAGUGUCAACUGUGAACCUGAAAGCGGGUUGAUUUUAGUGACCACAUUGCUUUGAUUUGACAUUGAUGUCGUCUUACAGAGCUGUGCUUGCUGGGCAUGCUUUUAAGUCUGUGAGAUCAUUUUGGUUCAUGAAAUUGACCAUUCUUCAUAUUUUUCUAAGACGCAGAAAUGUAUUUAAUAAAAACUUCAAGAGAGAGUGAUGGGCAGAAUCACAUUUCUCUUUGAAAACUGCUCAGAUUUUACGUUGUGUUUGGGUUUAGUUUACAUAAGUGUGUGGGCGUCUUGUGGGAGAAGGUCCUGUUCUGUUGUUUUUGUUAAUUUAUUGGGACUCUGUAUAAGGCCAUAUUUUAGUGGUCUUCUGGAACCCUAGGUGUUAAGGGCCCCUUGCCCAUCAGUGUAGGGGGUGGGGAGCAGGAGCAAUCCCGUCUGGGUUUGCUUGUGUCAGGAGAGAAUUCUCGGUCAGUCCUAGAUUCCAGUUCAACUGAACUACAGCCUAGGAAGCCCUGCAAGCCACACCCCCUGUCUUCUAGGAAUCCUUGGGCUUUUACUGUGCAUGUCUCUGUACAAAGUGUACCUCUGGAAGCUGCCAAGUGUUGACACUGCUUUCUUAUACACUGGGAUCAUUGUCACUUGAAAAACAAAAUUACUGUGGUUGUGGGAGAAAGUUCUAGAACUGUGCCAUGAUAGAUACGCAUUGCAAAUAUAGUAUGGCAUGUCUCCAUUUUUAAUUUGAGUUUUUCUUUUGCUUUUACUCACCACCAAAGAAUUUCAAAUGUAAAACUUUAUAUUGGGUUUAAGCCACUGAAUUGUCCUCAAAAGUCCAUACUGAUAUAUGCAGUCAUUUUGAAUUUGGUCAGUGCCUUCUCCGCAUCCCCACCCCCACCCCCUACCCCCAACUCCACUUCCCUAGCCUGUGCCCCCACCCAUCCAUAGAGAAUGUUGGAGGUGUUGCCAGGGAUGGAGGUGAUCUAAAUGUUUGACUUCUCCAUCAGCAGAUUUGUUCAUUUGCUUUCUCUGUAAAAUACCAUGUGUGUCUAAACACAUCCCCCGCACCCUGUGUUUCAUGUCACGACCACUUGAAAGUACUGUGGACUUCUUUGUGGCCUCAACCCAUCCUUUGGUCCAGCGUGUAGGCACCGAUGUCCAGCGUGUCGUGACUUGUGCUGUAUGAACAACCUCCCUGAGGAUUUCCUCCCUCCCAGCGGAAAAGCAGCAAGCUUUGUGAAUAUUCCAAAGUUCUGCCUCUGAACACAUGUUUUCUAGAUGCAAGUGUUGUGAAACCUGUCUCCCCUUCCAUGCAAUGUGUCCCUCCUCACAAAAAUGCUGGUUUCUUUUAACUCAAAGUAUCAUUCUUUGGUGGAAAUAGAGUCACAAUUUACCUGAGGGUUGUUUGGAAAACAAGAGCCAAUUUUUUUCUUAGACUAUCUGUGUCUAUUAAAUGAGCAUUUUGACCUGUAGAUACAUAGCAUACUGUGUGACCAUAAAUCCUGGUAUCAAAUGCCAGGAAUAAGGAGUCAGUUGUCUUACAACUCCUUUUCCUCCUCUUUCCUCUCACCUUGUUUCACUAUAUUUUUUCCCCCAGACUGGAAUUUUUUCAGCUUUAUCUUGUCUUGCUUUCAAGUUUUGCUCAAUGUUCCCCCAGCCCUACCACCUCCACAUAAAUAAAGUCUUUAAGUAGCUGAAAGAUUAACAGUCUGGUGGGAGGCAAGCCAUUGAAUUGAACUGCUAGGAAAGUAUAUUUUCUCAUUUUCUUUUCCUGCCAAGUUUUUGGUGGCAUUUGUAGGAGCUGGUGUAAAAGGCUCAGCGGCACUAUUGUCUAUUAUUCUGCAGGCGAGCCUUUUCACGGAGCAUAUGUCUCCUGCAGGCAAUGGACGCUGUUGCCAGGCAUCGAGGCCGAUCUCCAGGGCCUCCCGAUGCUGAACCAUAGUACUGUACAGACCCGCCGCCACCCCUCUCCUCGGAAGAUGCACUGUGCUGUUUGAAAACAUGUAGCCAUUUAAGGCUAGACUAUUUUAUAUAAAUAGCAGAGCUGAGGUCCCGAAGACUAAGCCGGAUAGAUGCAGCUAUGUGUAAAUUGUCUAUUUUUGUGAACUUUUCGAGCACGCACUCCUGUUUCCCUCUGCUUAGCUCUGUGGAGGUUUUGAUGUAUCCACGUUAUCUGCAAGAGUCCAGAGUGACAAUAGGGAAUUAAGACUAAGCUAAGUGUAGUCUUGGCAAGUUCCCACCUCCCAGGAAUGGAAUAUACUGGAACACCAGGUACUUGGUUUCCUGUGGACUGUGUGGGAAGUGAUUUUUUUUCCUUCCUGUACUGAGUACCCUUUGAGCUUUGUGGGACAUGGAUCUUUUUGGAUGCAAUGACAGAGGAGAGUUCCUCCAAGGUUUGUGGAGAGGGGCCAUGCCUGAGCAGACAGGUGAGACUCUCUCAUGGCUUGAUGCCUGGCAAGCUGGGGAGCUUGGCCUACUGCUGGGCAGCUGGCUGGCACUCUGGCUGUUAAAGGAAUGGCUCUUCAGAUGUUAUCUCUGAUUGCAUCACUGGAUAUGAUUACAAGCUGGCAGGGGACAGUCACUUGCAUGGUCUCUCCUCUCCAGAUAGAUGGCCUGCUAGAUUAAAUGCCACUCUCCAACUUAUAGGGCAGGAGGAAGACCCUGGGAGUCUAGAAGGGAGCUAGGAAAACCAGUGUUAGUGUUGAGCCCCUUACAGGUAAACACCAGUGUCUCUUUGGCACAUCCUGCCUUCACAUGGCCCUCAGUGGUCAGCACAAAUACCUGGGCCCAAACCCCAUCUCAUAGGUUAGUUCUCUGUCCCAUGAAGAGGGCCAUGACGAGUUCCUGAGAAUUCUCUUCCUUCAGAGGAGAGGAGAGGUCCCCUCAGGAGAAAUUCAGACAUAUCACUAGAUUGACUUCCAUCCCCUCUGCCGCCGUAAGAAUCUACUCUAACCUCUGCAGAUGCUUCCUUGCGUCGGGAUUGUAUUUCAACAUUCCUGUGAUGUUUUACUUAACUGGAGUGUGUGCUGCUUUUCAGGUACAACUUUUGUGUAAUAAAAGCCAGGGCAUUAAGUUUAUAUAAGACUACUUCCUAUGCAAGACUAAGAUACGGGAUAAGUCGCAAGAGAUGUGCACUGUGGUAGAUAGACGAGAAAUGCAUUCUCCGAUGGAAUACCACCGCUGAGCGUGGCUGAGGGAGGAUCAAUUGCAUGUGUUUCUGCCCAUAUUGUUUCGAGCAGCCAUAUUAUAAAUUUAAUCAUCAGAGCCGCGCGACAACCCAAGAAGGGUGUUAGUUUCAUGUGUAAUAACUUCAGUGGGCUGAGCACAAGUGGCGAGGCGGAACAUUAUCACCCUCAGAUAUCCCAUGUCACUCCUCAUUUAAAGACUCUUGUUAAGACUUACUAGACACUUUAGGCAAAGUCAGAAGUAUCUGCAGCAAAAUAAAGGCCUGUUCUGCUCUUAUUUCAAGUGAGACACUGUGUGCUUGUUUCUCUCCAAAGUGAAAUUAGGUAUUUAUAACUUCAGUCGCCUUGCUAGGUUUCCAAGUCACUGGUUUCUGCUGAAGAUUUUACUACAUUGUUGCACAAUUUUAAGAUAAUCUUUUUGUCUUGGUGUCAACUUUUUUCACUGAAUAAAAAAAAUUUAACUGAGUUAAAAAGAAUUGAAAACAAAACAUUAAAAAAAAAAAACUCACCACUCCCUAUUUGAAUAUCCACUGUGUGUGUCUUACUUUGUUCUGUUGAGUGCAAUAAAGAUGGCUAACACAGUCUCCAAACA